AGAUAAGGUGAGAGAAAGGGAUGGAGAGGAGGAAAAUAUUCUCUCCAGCUAGCUUUCUUUUUGGAGUUUUCUUCUGGGUUUUAACCCAAUUUCUAAACAUGCUCUUGUAUCCUUGCCUUUGAGUUCAAAAAAUCAAGCUUUCUCUUGUUUUUAAGAUUUUAAAAAACACAAGAAACAAGAAAACAGAAUUGUUGGGUUGUGCUUACUUUGUAGUAAAGCCUUUUGGCUUUUUUAGUAUUAUCUUCAGUUUUUGAAGUACUACAAACAAAGCUGCUUCAGCUUGCGGUGUUUUGGUUUUUAUUUUGUUUAGCCACUUUUGGAUAGAUUUGCAGUGCUUCAUCGCUUCAUCAAAUCACCAAAAAUGAUGUCUCACGAUGGGAUUUCCAAUUCAAUUCCUUCCACCAUCAGAGGGUUGACUCAACAACCAAAUCCAAACCCUAACCCUACUCUUAGUGUGAAUCCCUCCAAGAAGAAAAGAAAUUUGCCAGGCACACCAGAUCCAGAUGCAGAAGUUAUAGCUUUAUCUCCAAAGUCUCUAAUGGCGACCAACAGAUUCCUCUGUGAAAUCUGCAACAAGGGUUUCCAAAGGGACCAGAACUUACAGCUCCACAGGAGAGGUCAUAAUCUGCCAUGGAAGCUCAAGCAAAGAACAAACAAAGAGGUUAGAAAGAAAGUUUACAUCUGCCCUGAAAAGACCUGCGUCCACCAUGACCCAUCGAGAGCACUAGGUGACCUCACCGGCAUAAAGAAACACUUUAGCCGUAAACAUGGUGAAAAGAAAUGGAAGUGCGAGAAAUGUUCAAAGAAGUAUGCAGUUCAGUCUGAUUGGAAAGCUCAUAGUAAGAUUUGUGGCACUAGGGAGUAUAGAUGUGACUGUGGAACCCUCUUUUCCAGGAAGGAUAGUUUCAUCACUCAUAGAGCUUUCUGUGACGCUUUAGCUGAAGAAAGUGGAAGGUUCACUUCGGUUUCAACGACGACUAUGAAUCCGUCAGCUUUUACAAAUGAUUUGACACACAUUGGAGGGGCCGAUAACUACGAAACAGGCUUUAGGCCAGAGUUUGCUGCUGGUUCAGAGCUAGUCGACAGUGGUUUGCAAAAGCCAAGGCUACAAUUAUGGCUCGACCAAGCUAAUUCUCAGCUUAACCCAAUUGGUAUCCAAAGCAAUGCUAAUGCUUUCUUAGCACCAAAAUCUACAAGCUUGCCUGAAUUGGGAAUAGCUGCUGCACCAAUGAACAUGUUCGGUUCACUAUCACAAUCACAACAAUGGCUCAGCCAGUACCCACAGGCAUCAUUUCCAGGUGCCAACCUCUCUAUGUCAUCAGUAUUGCAAAGAGGACCAAAACAAGAAGAGAACAAGGGAGAUUUGUCUGAAUCGAUAACAUCUUUGUAUUCGAACAAUACCCGGAAUAGUCUCCGACAAAACCACACUCACAUGUCAGCCACUGCUCUCCUGCAAAAAGCAGCCCAAACGGGAUCUACAAGAAGCAACCCUGCAAUCACUAACAGUGGAUUAUUUGGGUUAAUGAGCUCACCCGCUUCAACAAUUCCGAGCCCCAUCAAUGACCACAACAAAAAUGAAACGUAUUACAAGCUGUUUAAGCAAGCAAAUCAAUCUGAGAACAUAAACGAGGUAGUGAGUUCAUUGCCUUCAACGCAAGCAGCCAUCAUCAAAGAUGGGUCAUUUGUCAAUAACGCCUCCAUGAAGGCAAAUGAAAGACAAGGCGGCCAAGCGGUUGCAUCAAAGCUGAACACAAAUGCGAAUGAAGUGGAAGCAAGCUUAACCAGGGACUUCCUUGGUGUGGGAAGUGAAUCAAGCAGACCCUUCUUCCAGCAAGAGUUUGCCAAGUUUGCUUCAAUGGGCUCAGUUCAGCCAUGGAGUUGAUUCCAGUUAAGACUAGUUUGAGACAGAAGAGGUAGGUCAAAGGUGCUUAAUGGAGGUGCAUGC